AUGAGUCGCACGCUGCCGUCGCGGCAGGCUGAAGAGCUGAACAAGUCCAUCAUUGCCUACCUGUACUCGAGCAACCUGCCGAAUUCCGCCGCCGCCCUGCGAGAGGAGGCCGGCCUGGGCGAGGAUGUCUUCGAUGCCACGACCGCAAAGAAGUACGAGACACUGCUGGAGAAGAAAUGGACAAGCAUCGUGCGCCUGCAAAAAAAGAUCAUGGACCUCGAAACCCGGAACGCCUCGCUGCAGUCUGAACUCGACAACGCGACGCCUACGUCCCUCUCCAAGCGAAAUCAAGACCCGACAUCCUGGCUGCCGCGGCUGCCCUCACGACAUACGCUAGAAUCGCACCGAGAAACCAUAAACUGCGUCGCCUUCCACCCACGGUUCUCCUCCAUCGCUUCCGGCUCCGACGACUGCACAAUCAAAAUAUGGGAUUGGGAACUCGGGGAGCUGGAACAGACCAUCAAGGGCCACACGCGGGCUGUGCUGGGCCUUGACUUUGGCGGGCCGCGAGGCGCCCCGCUGCUGGCCUCGUGCAGCUCUGACCUCUCCAUCAAACUCUGGGACCCGGCGGACCAGUACAAGAAUAUCCGCACCCUUUCCGGCCAUGACCACAGUGUCAGCGCCGUGCGAUUCAUCCCGUCAGGAACGGGCGGGUCGCAGUCGGGCAAUCUCCUGGUGAGUGCCAGCGGCGACAAGACGCUGCGGAUCUGGGAUACGACAACUGGCUACUGUCUCAAGGCGCUCAAGGGGCACACAGGGUGGGUGCGCGAUGUUUGCCCGUCACUCGAUGGGCGGUGGCUCCUUUCCACGGCCGUUGAUCACACGGCGCGAUUGUGGGACAUUUCGGUACCGACUCCAGAAAACAAGGUGGUCAUGAUCGGCCACGAACACGUGGUACGGUGCUGCACGUUUGCGCCGCCGGCUGCUUACCCGCACUUGGCAGAGUUGGCAGGCUUGAAGAAGCCUCCGCCCGCGUCUAGCACAGCAGAGUUCAUGGCCACGGGGUCCAGAGACAAGACGAUCCGGCUAUGGGACUCGCGCGGAACGUGCAUCAAGACGCUCGUGGGGCAUGACAACUGGAUAACAUCCAUCAUCUUCCAUCCCGGCGGCAAGUACAUACUAUCGUCGGCCGACGACAAGACAAUACGAUGCUGGGACCUGACGCAGGAUGCAAAGUGCGUCAAAGUGCUGAGCGAAGCACACGCGCACUUUGUGACGUGCAUGAGGUGGGCACCGGGUGUCCCCAAGGAAGUCAACGGCGGAGGGGCGCAGGAACAAGGCGCCGAGGGCGACGACGCGGCGAAGAAAAGGGCGAGCGCAGAGGUGACUCCGGAGACGAUACGAUGCGUCAUCGCGACGGGCAGUGUCGACAAGACGCUAAAGAUUUUUGCGAAUUAG